UCUUGUCAUCGUCCAAUUCGAUCCAUUAUUCUUCAUAAUCGUCAUCUUCGAAUUGAAAAGGAGGCCUGGGAGAUGGGGAACUGCCAGUGCCAGUGCGAGGCUGUGGAUGCUCAAGCUGCAGCAGCAAUGGUGAUAGUGAUACAGCACCCAAACGGGAAACAGGAGACGAUGAAUUCUCCGGUCACCGCCGCGGAGGUGAUGCGACGGAACUCCGGCCACUAUGUGUCUCUUAUAAUCCCCAACCACCAACGGACCACCGUACGCCUCAAGCUUCUCCGGCCACCAGAAACCCUAAUUCUUGGCCGGGCUUAUCGCCUCAUCACCACUCAAGAGGUGAUCAAAGUGCUGAGGGCAAAGAAAAAUGCAGCCACACUCAGAAAACAUGAUGAUGAUGAUGAUGAUCAUGAUGUGUCUGAAUCAGAUGAAGUUUUGCAUCGAGAAGGAAACGACAACGAGUUUAAUCUUCAGGACAUAAGAAAACUUGAUGGACAUCAUCGUCAUCAUCAGCAGCAGCAGCAGAGAUCAAGAUUGAAAAACUUCAGGUCGAAUUCAUGGAAGCCAUCUUUGCUCAGCAUUUCAGAGGCUUGAGGUUGAUGUUUAUAUCUAUAUAUAUCUCUCUCUAUAUAUAUAUAUAUAUAUUCUAAGAAUGGAGGAUUAUUGUGCAGACCCACCCACCCCCAGCUACCAAUUCCGAUCGAAAUCAUGACCUGCAAAUAAUAAUAUUUAAUUCGUUAUUUUGUAUAGCUAAUAAAUAG